CUGCCUGCCUGCCUGCCGCCGCCGCCGCCGCUCACAAGUAACAGAUGCGGGUGAAAGAUCCAUCAAGAGCCAACCCUGAGAAACCAAAGAGAAGCAAAAGGCCCAACAGGCCACAGGAUGAGGACUCUUCAGAUGAUAUUUCAGGCUUAACCUGCCAGCACGUCAGCCAGGCAGUGGAUGUGCACCAUGUGAAGAGGGCAGUGGCUCAGAGUGUCUGGUCAAUAUGUGCAGAGUGUCUGAAGGAGAGGAGGAUGAGCGACGGAGAGCCCCUGGCGCCGGCCGACGUCUGGCUCUGUCUCAAAUGUGGCUCUCAGGGCUGUAGUAAGAACUCAGAGGGCCAGCAUUCUCUGAAACACUUCCAAACAGCAUGCACAGAACCUCACUGCAUCGUUAUCAACCUCAGCACCUGGAUCAUCUGGUGUUAUGAAUGUGAUGAAGAGCUGUCAACACACUGCAACAAGAAGGUUUUGGCUCAGAUAGUUGAUUUUCUACAAAAACAUGGCUCCAGGGCUGAACCAAGUUCAUCAAAAAUCAUCCAUCUGUGUGAGGAAAACACUGAACCAAGUGAGAUACUGAAAGGAAAAAGCUCUGGCAGUGGUGCCUCAGUUCCAGUGAAAGGAAUCAAUAACUUAGGAAACACCUGCUUCUUUAAUGCUGUCAUGCAGAACUUGGCACAGACUCAUGUGCUGAACGAGCUGAUGUAUGAGAUGAAGGAGAAAGGAACCAAGUUAAAAAUCUGCCACACUUCAGAGUCCCAGCUGGAUCCUUUGGUGGUCAACCUCUCCAGCCCAGGACCUUUGACUUCAGCAAUGUUCUUGUUCCUUCACAGCAUGAGGGAGGCUGGAAAAGGUCCUCUUUCUCCCAAGGUGCUCUUCAGCCAGCUUUGCCAAAAGGCUCCUCGAUUUAAGGGGUUCCAGCAGCAGGACAGCCAGGAGCUUCUGCACUACCUGUUGGAUGCCAUGAGGAUUGAAGAGACCAAGCGCAUUCAAACUGGUAUCUUAAAAGCAUUUAAUAAUCCAACUACUAAGACAGCAGAUGAAGAAACGAGAAGGAAAGUCAAAGCGUAUGGAAGAGAGGGUGUGAAGAUGAACUUCAUAGAUAGGAUCUUUGUUGGUGAAUUGACUAGCACUGUCAUGUGUGAGGAAUGUGAACAUAUUUCAACAGUAAAAGAGCCUUUCAUUGAUCUUUCACUGCCUAUAAUAGAGGAGAGGGUUGCAAAGCCUGUGCCUUUGGGAAGGACAGGCAAAGGAAAAAGUGCACAGGAGGCAGAUGUUGCUCAGUAUAACUGUGCUUCUCUCACUACACUCAACAACCAACCCAAAAUGGGCAAGAAACAGACUGGAACAAAGGAUAAGAACCAGCUGAACCAGGAGAGAUGGCUCGCCAGGAGAGCUGCUUCCAAGGAAGGGGAGAGAAGUCCUGUUAUCAUGCAGGAGAAGGGCAAGAAGCUGGAGCUGGAAGGUGGCUCUGGCAUGCUGUACUCCAAAGACUCGAGUGCUGAGUGCACUGUCAAUGGCAGCCAGACAGAGGGCAGUGAGAAGGAAGCCAGCCGCUCCGAGAGCAGCUUCGAUGCUGACAGCGAAGCCUCGGAGAGCGAAACCGCUGUGAAGCAAGCAGCUUCCAGCCCAGCCUGCAACUCCUCUGCUCUGCAGAUCAACCAUAUCAGCGUGAAAAUGCCACACAACAAAGCAGGGGACAGCAGUGAGGAGGUGAUUUCCAGUGCCAUAGCCAAACUUGGCUUCUGCGACGCCAUAAACGAAGAGAAGAAAUCGAGCCGUGGGGACCCUGCCCUGGGGCUGUCCCACACCUCCGUGUUCUCAGUGGACAAACCCUCCCUGCCCCAGAACCCCCAAAAUGCUUUCCAGACACUGUCCCAAACCUACAUAACCAGCUCCAAGGAAUGUUCUGUGCAGUCCUGCCUUUACCAGUUCACCUCUGUGGAGCUCCUAAUGGGCAACAACAAACUGUUGUGUGAGAGCUGCACGGAAAGGAAACAGAAGUAUCAGAAGAAGACCAACUCCACAGAAAAGAAGCUGGAAGGUGUCUACACAAAUGCCCGGAAGCAGCUGCUGAUCUCCUCGGUUCCUGCUGUUCUUAUUCUCCACCUGAAAAGAUUCCACCAGGCUGGUCUGAGUCUGCGGAAGGUGAACAGGCAUGUGGACUUCCCACUCAUUUUAGACCUGGCACCAUUUUGUGCUGCAUCCUGCAAGAACGUUGCAGAUGGAGCCAGAGUGCUGUACAGCCUCUAUGGAAUUGUGGAGCACAGUGGGUCCAUGAGGGGUGGUCACUACGCAGCCUAUGUCAAAGUCAGGACUCCCUCCAAGAAGCUGCUGGAGCAGAUGAAUGCCUCUCGGAAUGUUCUGGGUUUAAAAGAAGCCAUGGGAGCAUCAGGAGGGCAGUGGGUGUAUGUUAGUGAUGCCCAUGUUCAGAUGGUUCCAGAAUCCAGAGUUCUGAACGCCCAAGCAUAUCUCCUUUUCUAUGAAAGAUUAUUACUCUAAUUCCCAACAGUGUAACUGAACAGAUGGUAGUGGUUAGCUGAUCUUAUUUAAAGCUGCAGAGCUAAGAGUACCUGUAAAUAUUGUGCCUUUAUCUUGUAAAGAAUUUCUCCUGUGUGGACUCUGAAGUUCAGUCAAGCUAUUAGAAGUUCCUGAAUGGUUCUCUCGCAGUAUGCACUUUGCCAAACACGUCCCAGUCCUGGCUUUGUUAAACCCCCGUGCUGUUAGAAUGUAAGAUGCUGUCCUAGCCUCCUGAGGUCUGUGUAAAGCUGGGGUUUGAUUUUCAUGAAGAUAAACUUUCACCCAUGGCUCUGCUCAGAAUUAAAAUACUGAUAGUGUUAAGUGCCUGGAUUUGCUGCUGUCCAGUAACCCCAGAAAGCAUUUCCGUGGCCUAGGCCAGACCCUUCCCAGCACUGGGUUGGGUGUUAGCUUUUAAGGUCUCUGCAAACAAGAACCUGUCGAGUCCUGCUGCUUCCAGGUGUAGUCAGUGGGAAGCAGAGUGCUACCAGACUGGAGUACCACCAGCUGCCUGUGGGUAAAGCUGCAGUGCUGGGACUGGGAACAGGUUGGGAGAUCAUGGCUCUGCAGAGUCCUGAGCUGCCUAGCCAGUGUCUUCAGCAAUCUACUCCUGGUCUCAUAGAAGUAGCUCCUUGGUGUGCACACAGAUAUCCCCUGGUGUACACACCGCACCUCCAGCAAUGUGCAGUGUCAGUGUAGCUGCUGGGAAAGCCAACUGCAAAUCCUUCUCCUGUAUUUAGUACGUUUUUAUCCUCCCCAGGCUGACAGGGUACGGAUCCAAGCUUGUGUAAGGUGGGGGAGUGCUGUUACUUUGGGUU